GAUAGUUUGGUUUAUAGCAUGUUUUCAGUGUUGUCGGGAACAUUCCUUGAAUCUGAUCAGAUUUGAUUGUUAUCUUGAACUCAAAAACUUGAUUUGUAUAUUGUUUGCGGAAAAUAUCCAUUACUCAGGAUGGCUAAAUUUGUAUACCCUAAAUUUGGAGUUACAAAUCCUAUCUAUCAGAAAAUUGUCACUAGUUUUCCAAGUGGAAUGCAGAUGGCAUUUGCGUAUGGCUCUGGUGUGUUUAAGCAACAGGGACAAACUGAAACAUCACAAAAAAUGAUGGACUUUAUUUUUGUUGUCAAUGACCCAGUUUCUUGGCACAGACAAAAUCUCAAAGAAAAUGCACACCAUUAUUCAUUCUUAAGAAGAUAUGGACCAGGUGUCAUAUCUGCAAUACAAGAGUCCUCAGCAGGGCUGUAUUUCAAUCCAAUGGUUCCAUUUGGAGACAGACUAAUUAAAUAUGGUGUAAUAAGUAAUUGGGCAAUGGCUCAGGACCUGGUACAGUGGCGCCACCUGUAUAUUAGUGGCCGUCUUCAUAAGCCAGUUGUGAUGGUGAAAUCUCCUGAUGAUGAAAAAGCUAAUGAUGCCCUGAAGACCAACCUUAAGAGUGCUGUCCAUACCUCAUUGCUGCUUCUUCCAGAAAAAUUCACAGAGGUUGAUCUAUUUAUGCAAAUAUCUUCUCUGUCCUAUACAGGUGAUAUCCGCAUGUCAUUUGGUGAAGAUCAAAAUAAAGUUCGAAACAUUGUUAAUGGAGGUAUAGACAAUUUUCGAAUUUUAUACAAGCCCUUAUUGUUAAAUUCUGACUUCCUUCACUGGGAUACAGAGAAGAAAUGUUUUGAACAAGAAUACAGCCAUAGAGCCCGGCGUUAUCACUUGGAUUUGGUCCCAGGGAAUAUCCUUAGGUAUAUCUAUAGUCGCGAAGUUGAAACCUUGGAUGGUUUAAGGGAUGUCCUGGCACAAGAUCGUCAAUGCAACAACAAAUUAUAUGAUGCUCUACAGAAAACUGUCAGUCGUUCAAGCAAGACACAGAGUGCAAAAGGAAUUUUAACAGGAGGAUUUUCCAGGUCUACCAAGUACGGUGCUGAUAAAGUAAAGAAAUGGUUUGGCAGUCGUAACAAAUGAUAUUUUUUAAGGUACAUUUCAAGAACUUGAGUUAAUGUGAGUGUUAGUGGGAUGAAAAAUUGGUUGCAUUAGUCAUGUUCAGAAGUUUGUGAUCCUAACAUUUGAAUACAAAAGAAAACCAUAUUUUGCUGAAUGUUCAAAUUUAUCAUUUCUGGCAGAAAGACUAACAUGGCUCAUUACAUUGUGUUGAUGUAAAUGCAUUAAAUAAAAGAUAAAUAAACA